UUUGUUUGACUGUUGGACUGUGACCAAAGACAACGUUUCUCGGAACAAAACUUAGAUUCUUUUGAGUUUCGAGCGAAUGUCGAAGCUACUUUAAUUAAGGCUAAGCUGUUAGCUUAUUAUUUAUUGCAACACGUUAUUGAUGCUUGGUGCAGGUAGUCUUUCUUUCAAGGUAUAAAAUACGGCCGAUUGGAAGAGUAAACCAGAUCAACAGUCAUGGAGAUCGCCCUACCAGGCUCCCACCGAGCAAGACAUUAUAUUACUAAAGUCCUUCCAUGUAUCGGCCUCUGUGCUGUGCUUCUAGGUAUUUUCAUGUUUGGAGCUGGAGUAGGGGUGUUGGUUCAUGAAGGAUAUCAUGCUGCAGUUAUUUCUGUACCAUUUCAGUCAGCAUCAAGUUUGCUCAUUCCUGCUGGUAUCUGUAGUGUUGCGGCUGGCUGUUUGGAAAUCUUGGUUACUAGAUUCACUGAUUCAGCACCAUCUCUUGUGCAUAAACGCUCAUUAGCGUUUAUUGUGAUCCUCUCAGUGGCUUCAGUCCUUACCUUAAUUGCUGCAAUCUUAGCAUUUGUUUACUUUGGAAAUGUGGGAAAUAAAGCAGAGGAUGAUUUGAGGAGUCAGCUUCAAGAAUAUGGAUUGAAAUCUGAGAUAAAAAUUCUUGAUAGAAUACAGUCAAAGGACGAAUGCUGUGGAGUGAAUUACUACGCUGAUUGGCGAGACACUCCUUAUGGAGGUAAAAGAACUUACAAAGUACCAGAUAGCUGUUGUAAGAACUAUGAAUAUGCUUGUGGAGACCACUUUGAAAUUAGCAGCAUCAACCGCAGGGGAUGCUUGGAAGUCGUUAAGAGCUCCAUAAGAAGCCAUCUCUUAUUUAUUGGUAUUAGUGGAAUCCUUAUCGCAUUGCCGAUCGAGGUCUUCCUUGUGGCUGCUGUUUGCUAUAUUCGAAAGAAGCAUUUGCAAUGAGCAACUCCUGAUUCAAAGAAUGUCAAGUACUAUAUCAACAAGGGGCAGUUUUUCUAAGGGUGGACACAAGUGUUAUCCACCCUUUGAACAAUUGAAACUAUAUGUAUACUAGCGAACUGCAAUCCCAAGCUCUCUCUCCUUUGCCUCCCUUGUCUCUCUCAAACACAAGGGAGGCAAAGGAGAAGGAGCCCGGGAUCGGGGUAGAAUAGCAGUCUCCAUCGCUGCCUUUAUUGGGGUCGUGACGCUACUUUACUCCGCUGUCUGUGGGGAAAGCGUUGCGUGACCACCGAAGUAACGGCUUCGAAGGUGACCAGAUGUAAUUGCCAUCCUGAUUAAUUAAUGAUGUACACGCUCCUCAGUAAUCAGCUUAUGCGGCUGUGCAGAUAAGAAGUUGCACCCUUAUAUCUAGCCUAGGUGGUCGCCUACGGGAGGUUCGACCGUAUACGCAUUUUUAAAUUUCAAAAUAAGUUGAUCUUUUGCACCUGCCUGCAAGGAUCAAGUCUUAGUAUAUCGAAAUAUGCCAACUGGUCAAACUAGUGUUAUUGCCUAAGCUUCCACGUAAACACUAUUGCAAAUAGCACGAUAGCAUAUAAAGUGACGAAAUUAAAGUUCACAUUAGAAUUAGCACUAAUAUGAUGUUUAAAUAAGGUAAAUAUGCAUUGGACAUAGCUGCCUAUUCUCGUAACUUAACUACAAAGCAGUUUUGAUGGCUUUUUAUGAACAAAGAAAUAUAUAUAUUACUCGAAGGAAUUGGAAAAAAUAUAUAUAGAAAAAAAAUAUAGACCUUUUUAUACUGCUGAUUUUAAGUUUCGUGGCAGUCUUGUGCAUUGCAUGGCUUCGAGUGUUACUAAUAUGCGAGCCAACAAGGCAUGCAUGCAGCUAGGAUCCCUAACCCCAAUAAAAGGGCUAAGCGUCAGCUAGCUAAGCUAACUAGAGUGCUAUUAUAUUUAGACUAAACGGAAUGUUAGCUAGGCUAAUAGGAGUUUUAUCGAAGUUAACAAGCCGGCGAGCCAUGCGAGCCAUGCGAGCCAGUAGUCCCUACCGGCUGUAAGGACAAAGGCAACGGUUUUUUGUUUGUCUGUUUGUUUGUUUUUAGGGGGUGGGGGCGCUACUUAGGCUAAUUACCGUUUUCUAUCUAGGCUUACCGGAAUGGCUUGCAUGUUGGCUCGCAUGACUUACUGGUUCGCACUUUGUGCAGACGCAAAUGACUAUGCUUGGCUACUCAAACAAAAUACAAAACUGUUUCACAUGGUAGUUUGGAUGUGUAUUCGUGUAUGACACUAUUCAUUUGCAAGGUAUUUUUGUGCUGUAAAUUUUUUAUUCGUAACCUCACAUGUAUUAGUUACUUGAGUCUCCGUGUGUCAUUUAGUAUUUAUUUGUCCCAUCUUUCCUCAGUAGUUCCCGACGUGUCUUUGGGCGGACAUUAAAGUUGCCAGUUCUUAUAGAGCUAUAUAUGUAUAACAGCAGCUUGGCAUCAACUUAUUUGUGGGAGAAGAUCAGAUCCUUCCCAGUCAUGUUCAGUUGUGCGACAGUUGUUGUUUCUCGUCCAUGCUUAGUUGUAGUUUUGUUAAGACAAAGCCAUGAGCAAUUUCAAUAAACUGAGUGAAUAUUUCAGCCAA